GAUGGCGGUCUGGUCUGGCGGAGGAUCCUCCACAAACACACAUUUAACCCGACUAAAAUAAAACCACUGGUUUGGAUUAAUAUCGACUGCUGUUUCUGGUCGGUUAUGGACUGUGGGAGUAUUUUACUCGGGUACGAGCACCUCAGACGUCUCUGUGGGACACUUUGCGGGGAGUUAUAAUUAUUCGGCGAGCUCUAUGGAGCAACUAAGCGUGUGUCUCCACUUUAAAGCCUUUAAAAUUUAAGCGUUAACAUGUCGGAUACGAAGGUAAAAGUGGCGGUUCGAGUUCGACCCAUGAAUCGGAGAGAGAUCGAGCUGAGCACAAAAUGUGUAGUUGAGAUGGAGAACAACCAGACAGUUCUGCACCCGCCGCCCUCCAAGGCGAAAGGAGAAAACAGGUGUUUGCCUUCGACCACUGUUUCUGGUCCAUGGAUGAAUCCAAUGUCCCAAAGUAUGCCGGUCAGGAGGUCGUGUUCAAGUGCCUUGGGGUGGGAAUACUCGACAAUGCCUUUCAAGGAUACAACGCCUGCAUUUUUGCCUAUGGACAAACAGGCUCUGGGAAAUCCUUCUCCAUGAUGGGGAACGGCAAUCAGCCAGGACUCAUCCCGAGACUCUGCUGCUCGCUGUUCGAGAGGGUCGCCAAAGAUGAGAACGAGGCCCAUUCCUUCAAGGUGGAGGUCUCGUACAUGGAGAUCUACAACGAGAAAGUCAGAGACCUGCUGGAUCCCAAAGGGAGCAGACUGUCUCUGAAAGUUCGAGAGCAUAAAGUUUUGGGUCCGUAUGUGGAUGGUCUCUCACAGCUGGCUGUCACAAGCUUCGAGGAUAUUGAAUCUUUGAUGUCAGAGGGGAAUAAAUCCCGCACAGUCGCUGCCACCAACAUGAACGAGGAGAGCAGUCGCUCGCAUGCGGUCUUCAGUGUCAUUGUCACGCAGACGCUCUACGACGUGCAGUCUGGGAACUCUGGUGAGAAGGUGAGUAAGAUCAGUCUGGUGGAUCUGGCCGGCAGCGAGCGAGUGUCCAAAACUGGAGCUGCAGGAGAGAGACUCAAAGAAGGGAGCAACAUUAACAAGUCUUUGACGACUUUAGGUUGUGUGAUUUCCGCUCUGGCUGAUCAGUCUGCUGGGAAGAGCAAGAAUAAGUUUGUGCCAUACAGAGAUUCAGUACUGACAUGGCUGCUGAAGGACAAUCUCGGUGGCAACAGUAAAACGGCCAUGAUCGCCACCAUCAGUCCAGCUGCCGACAACUACGAGGAGACGCUGUCGACGCUGCGGUACGCUGACCGAGCGAAGAGAAUCGUUAACCACGCCGUGGUGAAUGAAGACCCCAACGCUCGCAUCAUCAGAGAGCUCAGAGAGGAAGUAGAAAAACUGAAGGUGCAGCUGUCGCAGGCGGAGUCUCUGAAAGCUCCUGAGCUGCAGGAGAAACUGCAGGAGUCCGAGAAACUCAUUCAGGAGAUGACGGUGAGCUGGGAGGAGAAACUACGGAAGACAGAGGAGAUCGCACAGGAGCGUCAGAGGCAGUUGGAGAGCAUGGGCAUCUCUCUGGAGUCUUCAGGGAUCAAAGUCAGAGAAGUUAAAUGCUUCCUGGUCAACCUGAAUGCAGAUCCUGCUCUAAACGAGCUGCUCGUUUAUUAUCUGAAGGAUCACACGCGCGUGGGUGCCGACACGUCUCAGGAUAUCCAGUUGUUUGGUAUCGGGAUCCAGUCUGAACACUGUGUGCUAGAAAUCGCCUCUGAUGGAGACGUCACGCUCAGCCCGAUAGAGAACGCCAGAACGUGUGUGAACGGCACAAUGAUCUACUCCAGCGUUCAUCUGUGGCAUGGAGAUCGCAUCCUGUGGGGAAAUAAUCACUUUUUCAGAAUCAACCUGCCCAAACGCAAGCGGCGAGACCGUUUAAAAGAGAUGGAGAGAGACUCGCCUCGCGAGAGCUUUGUGGAGGUGGACGUGGAGACGGCGAGCGAGGCUUCGUCCGAGCAGGACUAUAGCUAUGAGUUCGCUCAGAUGGAGGUCAUGAUGAAAACUCUGGGGAGCAACGAUCCCACGCAAAACGUGGUGCAGGUGUUGGAGAAACAGUAUCUGGAGGAGAAGCGUUUGGCUCUGGAGGAACAGCGUGUGAUGUACGAGCGAGAGCUGCAGUCGCUGCGGUCACAGCUAUCUCCUGAGAUGAUCUCGCAACACCAGCGCUGCAGCAGCGACCGUCUGCCAUUCCCCACGCACGCCACGAACAACAAACUGCGCCUGUGGACAGACGAGAGGGACGAGCUGUUCCGUCAGAGUUUAUCUCGACUCCGCGAGCAGGUGGUGAGAGCGAAUGCUCUGGUGCGAGAGGCGAACUUCCUGUCUGAAGAGAUGCACAAACUCACAGACUACCAGGUCACACUGCAAAUACCUGCUGCCAACCUCAGUGCCAAUCGCAAGCGUGGAGCUAUUGGGAGUGAACCAGCAAUCCAGGUGCGGCGUAAAGGGAAGGGAACACAAGUGUGGACCAUCGAGAAACUAGAGAACAAACUGGUGGACAUGAGAGACCACUAUAGAGACUGGAGGGAGGGCACACGGGACGAGUGUUUCAGGCCUCGUAAUAAGGCAGCAGAUCCGUUCUAUGAAGCGCAAGAGAAUCACAACCUCAUCGGUGUUGCAAACGUCUUCCUGGAGUGUCUCUUUCACGACAUUAAGUUGCAGUAUGCAGUUCCUAUUGUCAGCCAGCAGGGGGAGGUGGUGGGUCGGCUGCACGUUGAACUCCUGCGUGUGAGCGGAGUCUUGCCCGUGCGUCUGGCGGGCGGAGACGACUCAUCCGAGAACUCCAGCGAGAGCAGCGGAUACGACGUCAUGGACAAUAACGGAGAGAUUGUUCACAUGGCCAAAAAACUCACCUGCAGGGUCCGUAUCAGAGAGGCGUCAGGUUUGCCUCUCAGCCUGUCCAACUUCGUCUUCUGUCAGUACACGUUCUGGGAGCAGUCAGAGCCCACUGUAGCCCCGCCCAUGGUCAGCCCGGACACGCCCACCCCGCAGACCCCCGACGCGGAGUUCACCGUGCGCUUCGACCACUGCCAGGAUUUUGUGGUGCAUGUGACCGAGGAGUUUCUGGAGUUCAUCUCAGACGGAGCUCUGGCGAUAGAGGUCUGGGGUCAUCGUUAUGCCAUCAACGGUCGCUCUGUGUUGGAACUGGACGCUUUGCAGGCCAAGACGCGAUCGCUCAGAGACAGGUGGAGUGAGGUCUCGCGUAGAGUCGAGCUGUGGGUCUCUGUACAGGAGCUGAACGAACAGGGCGAGUAUUCACCCGUAGAGCUGCACCCAAACAAAGACACCAGCACUGGAGGAGUGUUUCAGCUGCGACAGGGUCACUCUCGGAGGCUGCGGGUGUGUGUUCAACCGGUGCAGCGUUCAGGAACUCUGCCGGUGCUUGUGGAGGCUCUUCUGUCUGUUUCUAUCGGAUGUGUGUCUGCUCGAUCCGUUAAACUACAGAGAGCGCUGGACAGCUAUCAGAGGGAGGAAGACGACGAUAUGGAUAGUUAUCAGGAGGAAGACCUGAACUGUGUGCGGGAACGCUGGUCUGACGCUCUCAUCAAACGCAGGGAAUAUCUGGAGGAGCAGAUCAAGAAGAUCAUCAAUAAAUUAGAGAAGUCGGAGGAGGACGUGGAGAGAGAGGCCAGACUAGUGGAGCAGUGGGUGGGACUGACGGAGGAGAGGAACGCUGUGUUGGUUCCCGCCCCUGGAAGUGGAAUACCUGGAGCCCCUGCACACUGGGUUCCCCCUGCUGGCAUGGAGGCUCACAUUCCUGUGCUGUUUCUGGACCUGAAUGCUGAUAAUCUGACCGUGAAUGAUCAGCUGAUCGGUCCUCACGCAGCCGGUGUGAACUCUAUUCUCCCUAAAGAACACGGCAGCACGUUCUUCUACCUGCCCAUCAUCAGACAAAGCCAUGACCAGGUGUCGGCUGUGUGUUCCUGGGAUUCAUCCAUCCAUGAUUCCGUCCAUCUGAACCGGAUCACGGCGCCCAGUGAGCGGAUCUACCUGAUUGUUAAAGCGACAGUGCAGCUCAGUCAUCCAGCGUGCAUGGAGCUGGUGCUGCGCAAGAGAAUCGCCGUCAACAUCUACAACAAACAGAGUUUCACUCAAAGUCUGAAGAGAAGGAUGUCUCUGAAGAACGUGCUUCACUCGUGUGGAGUCACAUACGAGAUCGUUUCGAACAUACCAAAGGCGUCAGAGGAACCAGAAGAGCGAGAGACACUGGCGUUGAUGGCGGCACGAGGAGAGAGUGAAGAAACUCUGGACGGGGAGACGUACAUUGAGAAAUACGCCAGAGGAGUUCUGGAGGUGGAGAAUAUUCUGUGUCUGGAGAGACUCAGACAGGCAGUGACUGUGAAGGAAGCUCUCUCUGUUAAAGGAAGACACAUACGCAGGACUCUCAGCACUCCGAACGUACAGCACAGCUCAUGUUGUAAAUCAGAUGUGAUGGGCUGUGAGGAUGAAGAUAUCAAGGGUCACUGUGUCGGUCACAUGUACGUCUCUGAAUCCAACCUUCAAGAGUCAUCGCUCAACAGUGUCCUCUCUAAAGACACACCAGUCAAAAGCAGGGAGUAUCAUGGGUCGGUGCCAGAGAGUCCAACGUUCUUCAACUCCAGUUCGUUUAAGGUUCUCUCACCUCAGCCACCCAAACUCCUCAAAUCUCUCCUGCCAGUGAGAGAAGAGAACAAAGCCAAAUGCGCUCUAGAGUCAAGACCUCUGCUGGGACAGGAGAGCAUGUACUGGUUUGUGGAGAGCAGUGGUCUGGGCUCCACCGGCCCCUGUUGCAGACCCAGGGCCCAGAGCGAGGGACACAGCCACAGUGACAUCAGCACCAUUGCCAAUCACAGAAAGAAAAGAGUCAGCACAGAUCUCAUUCACACACUCCCGCACACUGCUGUGACGAUGGCUGACCACGUAGCAGCAGAGAGAGCGUGCAAGGACCCCAACCCCAUCAUAGACGGCAGGAAAGCCAACGUGAAUCUGGCCUACCUAGGGGCCAAGCCACGGAUCAUGCAGCCUGGGUUUUCAUAUGGUGUCCCUCAGAUACACCCAGCAUUCAUCCAGCGGCCUUAUGGAGAUAGUGAAGAUGAUCAUUCCUCAUUACUGUAUUCGCCACCCUUCCGCCAGGUCAUGAGGAUUCCUGCGCAUUACAUGUACCCGCAGGCGUUUGUGCAGCCCAGCGUUGUGAUCCCUCAUGUGCAGCCUUCUGCCACCUCUGCCGCAGCAUCUCCGUACCUGGAUUACACCGCCGCCGCUUACGCACAGUACUCCACGGCUGCAGCGUACGAGCAGUAUCCGUACGCCGCCUCCCCGGCCCCCACGGGUUAUGUCGCCACAGCCGGCUAUGGUUACAUGCAGCAGCCUCUCGCAUCACCUGCGCCUGGGGCUGCGGCCGCAGCGGGGUUCGGUCAGUACCAGCCGCAGCAGCUCCAGACAGACCGCAUGCAAUGAUGCGCACAAUCAUGAGAAAACUGGUCGCUAGACCGUCAAGACUGUGCCACUUUUUACUGUGCCAGCCAAAGAAACUGAUAUCAUUUUUUUUUAUUGUUUCGUUAUUAUUGCUGUUAUUGUAAUAUUAUUUGUAGUAUUUAAUAUUUAUUACACUACGGCAAGCUAUAGCUCAUCAAACAUGAAGCUGUGGUAUGCACUGGGUUCAGUAGAUACAAGUUAAGCUCAAUCAACAGCAUUUGUUGCAUAAUGGUGAAAAAUUAUUUCGAUUCGUCCCUCCUUUUCUUUAAACAAAAAAGAACGAAAAAAAGCCGAGAGUAUGCUUUCUUUUUUGGGUGAGCUAUUCCUUUAAACAUUGUAAUAUUUGGACUGAAAAGUAUCAUAUUUUUGUGUGUAGGGGAGCAAACAAAGUGCCUUAGAGCUCGUACACAUUUAUGAAUCUACAUGUUUGUAAUGCAUUCUAGUCCAUAAAACUUGUCCGACUUUUGGUGUCAGACUGGAACUUCACUGAUCAGUGAUAGUAAAUAAACGAAGGUUUUUUUUAUUGUGUGCUGUAAUGAAGCCGAAAUGCACAUCCACAAAUGCAAAGAAUGUGAAAUGUGACUAUUACACUUCAGUGCAUUAAACCAAAUAACUAUCACUUAACGGAGAGUCAUUUUGGUUAUAUUUCUAUCCUAUUGAAAUAAGUCCAUUUUUAUAUUUAUCACUGAUUAUUAAACGUUAUAAUAAAAACCAUUAGCACUACUGAAAAAUGUGGUUCUUGUAAGUGCACUGUUUAAAGAUAUUUUCCAUCAUUAGUAUACUUUUGAUGCAGCCUACUGUAUAUGUUUAAUCUGCAUUGUUGUACCUCCAUAAUGGUGGACUGUUUGAGAUUAUAACAUUGUCUUUACGCUAUUUAAUUGAAGUUUCCUUCAGCAUUAUUAGAGGGAAUGUGAAUUGAAAUUGCAAAGUGAAAUGCAUGAAAUUAUGCAUGCAGAAUUGACUUCCAAAUGGGCCAUAUUUAAGAAUAGCAGUUUACUUCCAAGUACUCUUAAGUUUCAUUAUCUGUUGAUCAAUUUGUCAUCCUGUUGGUCAUUUGGUACACUUUGUUAUCUGUGCUUGUAGAGUUUGACACUGGACAUUUGUGAAUUCACUUGGAAAUUAUUUUUUAGUAUGUACUAGUAGUUACAUAUUUGAUCAAAUGUUUGUAAGACACUUGUCAAUCUGAUCAUUUAUAAAAAUGUCUCACUUAUUUGCUGUGUUUUUACUGUAUCAUUGUUUCCCAAAAUUUAGCGCAUGCAUCUCUGUUAGAAAUAUGCACCCACCACAAAUAAUAGAUU